GAUUGGGCGUACGAUUCCAAAGAGUUAGUUAUUGACAGCUAGUUCUCUAUUCGACAAAGUGCAAAACAUUUUUUCUAAAGAAUCUACAUAUAAUAAAGUGAUGGAUGAUUUAUUUAAGAUUUGUAGUUAAGAAAACGGAGGGACGCUCCUCAUUUAAAGGAAAACGUCGCGAAUGACUCGACUGUCUAAAGCUAUUUCAGAGUACUUAGAGCAAUCUAAGAGCACCGAAAGAAAUUUGUCAGUUAUUGAACGGCGUAUGCAUACCUUUUGUACUCAAACCGCUACUAAUAUUUCCAAGCUCAAAAGUCAUGCAAUGUUACCGAACCAAAUCAUCCUACCAUAUGUCCUAGAAGAGGCAGAGCUAAGUCCCAGCGACCUGUCGACGGUCUUUCUGGUACCCACGUCAGACGACACAUUCCGGCCUAUCUUCAACCUCAAACAACUGAAUCAGUUCGUUAUGACAAAACCGUUUCAACUCUUCAGUCAUUUCCGUGUACCAGAGUUUCUGCAGAGUCAGGAUUGGAUGGCGAAACUAGACUUAAGCCAAGCGUACUUCCACGUGCGCAUUUCUCAACAGCAUUGCAGAUUCCUGAGGCUCAACUGUCAUCACGAUCCACUUCAACGUCAGCUGCUGCAGAUGACGUGUUUGCCUUUUGACCUUUCAUCAGCACCCAGGACUUUUGCUGCAAUCACCAACUGGGUGGCAGAAUUUAUGAGAAAUCACGAUAUCAGAGGCGUGGUUUAUUUGGACGACUUUCUGCUGGCAAACCAAUCCAAGGAACAGCUGCAGAACGACGUAGCGUUCACAAUAAAGAUUAUGCAAACUCUCGGCUGGACAGUCAAUUACGACAAAUCUUUUUUAGUUCCGACACAAUGCCACGAGUUUCUCGGCAUAAUAUGGGACACAAAACGCAACGCAAUGUCCCUGUCGCAGCGGAAGUGUCUAUCGUUACGCAAAGCACUUCACGAACAGCUAGAGAAAGGCAAGUGGUCCCUCAAACAGUACCAGAGCUUAAUGGGGAGACUCAACUUCGCAACGUUUGUAACCAGACGGGGCCGGCUCCACUGUCGCACACUGCAAUGCUUCAGUCGACUGCUGCCAAACAAUUUUCCAUUUCAUGGAGUAAACAUCCCCCACGAAGUCCGAUCGGAGAUGGAGUGGUGGGCCAAGAUCUUGGGAGAGUCCAUGCCUCUACACACGAGUGCCAUAACUCACUUGUUAACCACGGACGCAUCCGACAUAGGAUGGGGUGCUCAGCUCGACGACACCAGCAUAAACGGAUCCUGGACAGUACAACAGCAAACAUGGCAUGCCAACCGAAAGGAGAUGUUCGCUGUUCACGCGGCGAUCCUGCAUCAGGCUCAUCAUUUGCAAAAUGCACAAGUGCUUUUUCAGUCACAGACAACCGAACUGUUGUGUCCUAUAUAAACAAAGAAGGUGGGACAAAGUCAAAGAAAUUGUUCGAACAGACGCGACAACUGAUCCAAAUUGUAAACAAAUUGAAUAUACACAUAGUAGCACAAUAUUUUCCAGGCAGGGUUAAUGCCGAGGUGGACGCUCAGUCACGCCGGAAGGUCCAACCAGAGUGGCAUCUGACAGCGGUAAUGAGAAUCUUUCAAAUGUGGGGCACACCGGAAAUAAACCUUUUUGCUUCAAGAACAGCUCCCGUGGUGCCGAGAUACGUUUCGAUGGAUGUCACAGAUCAGGA